UGAAGCUGUAGCUUUCAACAUUUCGCGACAUUCUCGUUGCUCUUCCCCAACCGCAUAUAUCCACCACCAUGUUAGACGCCGACGACUUCGCGUCCGUCUUCCCCGACGACAUUGCGUACGACAAUGAGCUCAUCGAAGAGAUUCAAGAGAACAAGAAGUCGCUAGGCGGGCGCACAUUCUUCGAGCGACUCCUCGAGCUCCUCCAGAUAAAAUCAGUGCGCAGAGCAUACCCACCGCCAACACCCUCCCACCUCGAAAAGCUGCACGAAGCCAUCGUCUCCGCGCCCAUAGCGCAGCACUACAAGCACAGCCUGCUCUUCUACCUGCUCAAGGACCUGGACGGCGCGUACGAAGGCGAGACGGAGCUGUCGACGACGUUCGCGCGACGCGUGCAGCUCGCGCCCCGGUUCUGGACCUUUGUCGAGGGCCUCUGGGCGCUGGAUCAUCUCGAUUGCCGUACCGCGGUCGCGAGGCUGACGCAUCCGAGUAUUAUCCCCACGUUUCCGGAUGAGAUUAUGUUGGUUUUGUUGAGUCGGGCGGCGGCGGGGCAGCAGGGUCGCCGCCGGGGGGUUGGUGCUACUGCACGCGAGGGGAGGGAGAGGGAGAGGGAAGGCGAAGAUGUGAGCGUGUUGCCGCUUGCGUAUUACGACUGUGCGAAUCCGCCGCUGGUGGGGCAGCAGAUCAAGGUGGAGUUUGUGCGGUACUUGGCUGCGCGCAGUGUGACGGAGACGUUUUACUGGAUCCGGGCGAGGCCGGAGCAGGAGCAGAGGGUGUUGUUGGAGGUGUUGGUGAAGGAGACGUUGGAUAGGCAUGCGUGGGAUGAGGAGGAGGAAGCAGGGGAGGGGCAAGAUGGAGCGGCGACGUAUUCGAGGGAGGAGAGGGCUGUGGAGCUUGUGGGGUUGCCGUUUACGGAGGAGGAGGAAGAGUGGGUGGAAAGUUAUUUGACGGAGGGGAAGGGGAGGACGCUUAGGGGAGCGGCGGAUACGGUGCAGAUGAGGAGGAUUGCGACGGGGCGGUUGGAGAAGGUGGUGGCGGAGGGAAUGGCCAAGGGGAGGAAGUAUGAGCAGGUGAAUUGGGAGGUAUUGAGGGACGGGAUAAAGAGGGGGUUGGGACCGCGGGGUGAGCUCGAAGGCAUGGGCUUGAGCGCUUAGGAGAGAUACUCUGGGUAGAAGAUGGCCUACCUUCUGAUUUCAAGGCAUAGCGGCGGAGUUUGGGGGUUUUAGGUUCCAGGAUCUGAUAUGGGAAUCCACUCCGGGCUGUUAUUUUGUCUUCCAAUCACCAUAAUAUUGAUGACCUGCCCUUCACUAUCU